UGCGAGUUGUUGUUUCCUCCUCCUCCUACCCGGGGCUCGAAUGGUGGAGCUCCGACUCUCGUUGCUGCUGAAGAAACCGUGACAGCCACUGGGGGAGCGUGCUUUUCAGCUGCAGGGCCCCAUUGCCGAGGAGCUCGGCCUGAGCGAGCCGGGCUCCUCCGCUCGCCAUGUCCGGGGACGGCGGCUCUAGCGGCGGCGGCGGCGGCAGGCACUCGGCAGAGCUGCGAGCGGAGCUCUAUUUCCUCAUCGCUCGCUUUCUGGAGGACGGACCCUGCCAGCAAGCCGCGCAGGUCCUGAUCCGAGAAGUCGCCGAGAAGCAGCUGCUGCCCAAGCGUACGGACUGGACUGGAAAGGAGCAUCCCAGGAGCUAUGAGAGCCUAGUAAAAUACUAUAGACACUUGGCACCUGAUCAUCUCCUGCAAAUAUGCCAUCGACUUGGACCUCUUCUAGAGCAAGAAAUUCCUCAAAGUGUCCCAGGAGUUCAAACACUAUUAGGAGCUGGAAGACAGUCUUUGCUCCGUACAAAUAAAAGUUGCAAACAUGUUGUGUGGAAGGGUUCUGCUCUUGCUGCAUUGCAUUCUGGGAGACCUCCAGAGUCACCAAUAAAUUAUGGCAGUCCUCCCAGUAUAGCUGAAACUCUCUUUUCAAGAAAGCUUAAUGGAAAAUACAGACUGGAACAUCUUAUUCCAACUGCUGUGUAUCAGCACAUGAAAAUGCAUAAACGAAUCCUGGGACAUUUGUCUUCAGUAUAUUGUGUAACUUUUGAUCGGACUGGUAGACGGAUAUUCACAGGGUCUGAUGAUUGUCUUGUGAAAAUCUGGGCAACAGAUGAUGGACGGUUGCUUGCUACUUUAAGAGGGCAUGCAGCGGAAAUAUCAGACAUGGCUGUUAAUUAUGAGAAUACCAUGAUUGCUUCAGGGAGCUGUGACAAGAUGAUCAGAGUGUGGUGUCUUCGAACAUGUGCUCCUUUGGCUGUUCUACAAGGACACAGUGCAUCUAUAACAUCUCUGCAGUUUUCUCCCCUAUGCAGUGGCUCAAAGCGAUACUUGUCUUCAACUGGUGCAGAUGGCACAAUAUGUUUUUGGUUGUGGGAUGCUGGCACACUUAAAAUCAAUCCAAGGCCAACAAAGUUUACAGAACGGCCAAGACCUGGAGUUCAAAUGAUCUGCUCUUCAUUUAGUGCUGGUGGAAUGUUUCUGGCCACCGGAAGUACAGAUCAUAUCAUUAGGGUUUAUUUCUUUGGAUCAGGUCAGCCAGAGAAGAUAUCAGAGUUGGAGUUUCAUACUGACAAAGUGGACAGCAUUCAGUUUUCUAAUACCAGUAAUCGAUUUGUGAGUGGAAGUCGUGAUGGAACAGCACGUAUCUGGAUGUUCAAGAGAAGGGAAUGGAAAAGCAUUUUACUGGAUAUGGCUACCCGUCCCUCAGGACAAACCCUACAAGGAGUAGAAGACAAAAUUACAAAAUUAAAAGUCACUAUGGUGGCAUGGGACCGUCAUGACAACUCUGUUAUUACUGCAGUUAACAACAUGACUUUGAAAGUUUGGAAUUCCUUCACUGGUCAACUUACUCAUGUUUUAUUGGGUCAUGAAGAUGAAGUAUUUGUACUUGAAAGUCACCCCUUUGAUCCCAGGGUUCUGUUCUCUGCUGGUCAUGAUGGAAAUGUUAUAGUGUGGGAUUUGGCAAAGGGAACAAAAAUUCGCUCUUACUUCAAUAUGAUUGAAGGACAAGGACACGGUGCUGUGUUUGAUUGCAAGUGCUCUCCUGAUGGCCAGCAUUUUGCAUGCACAGAUUCCCAUGGGCACCUCUUAAUAUUUGGAUUUGGUUCCAGUAGCAAAUAUGAUAAGAUAGCAGAUCAGAUGUUCUUUCACAGUGAUUAUCGGCCUCUCAUUCGUGAUGCCAAUAAUUUUGUAUUGGAUGAGCAGACACAACAGGCACCCCAUCUCAUGCCACCUCCGUUUUUGGUUGAUGUUGAUGGUAAUCCUCAUCCAUCAAGAUUUCAGAGAUUAGUUCCAGGACGUGAAAACUGUAGAGAAGAGCAGCUUAUUCCUCAGAUGGGGGUAACUUCCUCAGGAUUGAAUCAAGUUUUGAGUCAACAAGUUAGUCCUUUGGAUAGCAUGAUACAGAGACUUCAACAAGAACAAGAUCAGCGUCGGUCUGGAGAAGCUGGACACAGUAAUACAAAUAGACUUGGCAGAGUAAACUCUACCUCAGAAGUGCAUUCACCACCAAAUGUGGGAUUAAGACGCAGUGGACAAAUUGAAGGAGUUCGCCAGAUGCAUAGCAAUGCCCCAAGAAGUGAAAUAGCAACUGAACGGGAUCUGGUAGCAUGGAGUCGAAGGGUUGUGGUACCAGAAUUAUCAGCAGGAGUAUCCAGUAGGCAAGAAGAAUGGCGAACAGCAAAGGGAGAGGAAGAAAUAAGAACAUACAGAGCAGAAGAGAGAAGAAAGCACAUUAUAAGUCAUGUUCCUAGAGAAAAUAAGAUACCAUCUGUGCCCAAAAACCAUUCACAUGAUCAUGUAUUGGACGUUGGUGAUUCAAAAAAACAACAGGCCAACCAACAUAACUAUCGAACCAGAUAUGCCUUGGAGGAAACUGUCAGGCCAAAUGAAGAUAAUGACAAUGGAAGCAGUUCCUCAGAGGAAGGAGAAAUUGUUGUUGCCAGUGGUGGAACAUCAGAAGAUGAAAGAAAAGCAUGGCAUAGUGAUGGAAGUUCUAGUGAUUAUUCCAGUGAUUAUUCAGACUGGACAGCAGAUGCUGGAAUUAAUUUGCAACCACCAAAGAAAGUUCCUAAAAUUAAGACCAAGAAAGUAGAGAGUAGCUCAGAAGAUGAAGAGGGUCCUGAAAAACAGAGACAGAAACAAAUCAGAAAAGAAAGGAAAAAAGGUAUUGAAGAUAAAGAUGGACCAUCAUCUCCAAAGAAAAGGAAACCGAAAGAAAGGAAACAAAAGAGGUUGGCUAUGGGGGUGCUAACCGAAAAUGGCUUAACAUUAGAAGAGUGGCUUCCUUCAGUGUGGAUUACAGAUCCUGUUCCUCGACGAUGCCCUUUUGUACCACAAAUGGGAGAUGAGGUUUACUAUUUCCGGCAAGGUCAUGAAGCAUAUGUUCUAAUGGCAAAGAAAAACAAAAUAUAUAGCAUUAAUCCUAAAAAACAGCCAUGGCAUAAGAUGGAGUUACGGGAACAAGAGUUAAUGAAAAUAGUUGGAAUAAAAUAUGAAGUUGGGUUGCCUACACUUUGUUGCCUUAAACUUGCUUUUCUUGACCCCGAUACGGGUAAAUUGACUGGAGGAUCAUUUACAAUGAAGUAUCAUGAUAUGCCAGAUGUGAUAGAUUUCCUAGUCUUAAGACAGCAGUUUGAUGAUGCAAAGCACAGAAGAUGGAAUAUAGGUGAUCGAUUUAGAUCAGUAAUUGAUGAUGCAUGGUGGUUCGGAACAAUAGAAAGUCAAGAACCUCUUCAGCCUGAUUAUCCUGACAGCUUGUUUCAGUGCUACAAUGUCUGUUGGGACAAUGGAGAUACUGAGAAAAUGAGCCCAUGGGAUAUGGAGCCUAUACCAAACAAUGCUGUGUUUCCGGAGGAACUUGGAACUAGUGUUCCUUUAACUAAUAACGAAAGCAGAUCUUUAAUAUACAAACCUCUGGAUGGAGAAUGGGGUUCCAGAACUCGUGAUGAUGAAUGUGAAAGAAUAAUUUCAGGAAUAAAUCAACUGAUGACUUUAGAUAUUGCUUCUGCGUUUGUGGCACCAGUGGAUUUCCAGGCUUAUCCAAUGUACUGCACUGUUGUUGCAUACCCCACUGAUCUCAGUACAAUUAAGCAGAGAUUGGAAAAUAGAUUUUACAGGCGACUUUCUUCCCUUAUGUGGGAAGUUAGGUAUAUAGAAUAUAAUACACGGACAUUCAAUGAACCAGGAAGUCCUAUUGUCAAGUCUGCCAAAUUUGUCACAGACCUUUUGCUGCACUUCAUAAAGGAUCAGGCCUGUUAUGAUAUAAUCCCACUCUACAAUGCCAUGAAGAAAAAAGUCUUGUCUGAUUCAGAAGAGGAAGAAGAAAAAGAUGCUGACAUGCCAGGAACUUCCACAAGAAAGAGGAAGGAGCAUCAGCCAAAGAGAAGGCUACGUAACAGAGCUCAGUCAUAUGAUAUUCAGGCAUGGAAGAGGCAGUGUCAGGAAUUGUUAAAUCUGAUUUUUCAGUGUGAAGAUUCUGAACCAUUUCGCCAACCAGUGGAUCUUAUUGAGUAUCCAGAUUACCGAGACAUUAUUGAUACACCAAUGGAUUUUGCAACAGUGCGAGAAACCUUAGAAGCAGGAAACUAUGAAUCACCAUCGGAGUUAUGUAAGGAUGUCAGACUGAUCUUCAGUAAUUCCAAAGUUUAUACACCAUGCAAAAGAUCAAGGAUUUAUAGUAUGAGCCUACGCCUGUCUGCUUUCUUUGAGGAGCACAUUAGUUCAAUUUUAUCUGACUACAAAUCUGCCUUACGCUUUCAUAAAAGAAGUACAAUUCAAAAGAAAAGGAGUAAAAGAAGUAGAAGCAGUUCUCUUUCAAGUAGUGCUGCAUCAAGUCCGGAUAGGAAACGAAGAUUAAUAAAACCGCAGCUGAAAGCUGAGCUCGUCACUACACCUUCUUCUGCGCCUGCGCGCCCAACCUUAUUGAGAAACAUAGCAGCUCAGAUGAAUGGGAAAGUAGUUGACUCUGCGAGUUUGGUCCGAACAAGAAGUACCAGGGCGAUAAAUGAAACAACCAUCAAUGAACAGCCUUCUACUUCUUCAGGUGCAAAGCCUGUAACUUUGAAACCUAAUAGUGCUGCUACAUCAGGAAAAACAGUACUAGAAAAUUCUACCAAGCAUUCCAAGAACCAGAAUGUUUUGCCAGUCCCUAAUCAAAGCAAUUAUAUCCAUAACACUAGGAAUAAUACUGCAAGAGAAAAUUUAGAAAAAGAUAAACUAAUUAAACGUAAACCAAAAUCAGCUAUGGUCAAUCCACAAGCAGAUUGCAAGAAUAAUGCAGUGGCUUUGGCCUUGGGAAGCAUCCAAGUAAAUGGACAUGGGGAGCAAUCUUCAAAACCUGUAUUUAAGAGAGGCCCUGGACGGAAACCCAAGAUUGAGACCAACAAUACAUGUGAAGUGGUGCACAAGAAAAGAGGCAGAAAACCCAAAACCCUGUUACUUGCUGAACAGAAACAUUCAGAGGUGCACAGAAACCAGACUAUGAAAGAUUUGACAAAAGAAGAAGCCUCUGUUUCUACUGCAUGCAAUUCUGUCUCUGAAAAUAAUGUGAAGGAAGACUUGUUACAAAGAAAAGGGCGUGGUGGGAGAAAGCCUAAAAGAAAACUACAGGAAGAUCAGCCAGCAUUUGAACUUACUUUUACUCCUGAUCCUAAGAUUCAGACAAGAAGCAGGAGGAAAAAGAUAGAUGAGCCUGUUGAAGAAGAGACUGAGGAAUUUAAAGAUUCUGAACCUCAUAUGAGAACUAGAAACCAAGGUAGGAGGACAGCCUUUUAUAAUGAAGAUGAUUCAGAAGAAGAACAAAGACAGCUGUUGUUUGAGGACACUUCUUUGACUUUUGGAACAUCUAGCAGAGGCAGAGUCCGAAAGUUGACUGAAAAAGCAAAGGCUAAUCUGAUUGGUUGGUAAUUUUGGCAUUUAAAAAUGCUAAUAAAUAGGUACAGUUGAGGAAUUCAUAGACCUAAGGGUAUCUGCUUUCUGCUGCUAUUUACGGAUGAGAAUAUGUUCUAAUAUGAUAAAAUAAUAGCAAAAACAAAUUGAAAAUUUCUUGAAAGAAGUAUGUAUUUUAAACAAUUGCUAUUUAUUGUUCUCCAAAUAGGUUAUGCAUUUCAAUUCAGUAUGUUCAGUUGGUAUAAAUGAAAUCCUUGAUUUCCAGAAAUGUUACUGUAAUUUUGAGCAGUACAUAAACCUCUAUUUGAAUAGUAGAAUUUUUAAUGUAAAGAUUGAAAACAGAACUCCUAUUUUUGAAUGAGCAAGGUACAGUACAUUUGUAUAGAUUGUAGAAACUGUAUUUGCAAGAUCAUAGAGUCUAGCACUAAAUGCCAUUGAGAACAAAACAAAAUUACCAAAUUUGCUAAUUAGUUACCAUCAAUUCAAUAGUGAUUGGGCACACUUUUAUACAAACACAGGGCAGAUCAUUUUAUCUAAGUUCUGCCAGAGAGAGAGAGAGAUCACAUAUAUAGAUAUAGAUAUAGAUAUAUAUAUAUAUGUAUAUAUCCACAUUGGAAAAAGUUUGACUAAUACGUCUAAUUUUUCAGACCUUCAUUCUUCUACCAAUCAUAUCUCUGUUUAUUGUGCCAAAGACUGAGAACCAGAAUAGAGAAAAACUUUUACUAUGAGUGCAACAUAUUUUCAAUUAUAUUUAUCACUCCUUGUUCAAAGUAUACCUUAUUCUGGAAUAUUACCUCUACUGGUACAUUGUAAUAAGAGCAGUUUAUGCAGUGGUAGGAUCUUUUGAGAGAUAUUGAAACAAAAUAUAAUUUGAUUAAAGGGUUCAGUUAAGCUGCAGGAAAAGUGUGAGACUCUGAUGUUUAUGUUAUGAUCAGAUUGCUUCUAUGAAUUGUGUUAAACUGACUAAAAUUAUUUUCAAAAGAAGUUGACGUGUAUGUAUGUAUUGAGUAUAUACAUGAGCACAUAAACAUAAAAUUACCCAGGUAUAAUUUUUUUCCAGGAUUUUUUAGAUUGCUCUACAAUAUUAAACAUUUUAAAUGUCAAACUUUAGGGGGAAGAUUGGUUGUUUUCCAUUAUUAAAGAUAAAAAGGCCAAAUCACUUUUUAUGCAAUCAUAUUUUAUACAGUGUUCUCAUUGCACAUUGUUUUUCUGCACUUUUUACAGUAUACUUAACCAAGCUGACAUCAGUCAAUAUAUCCAUCCUAAAGGAAAUUUCCACUUUAUGAUUGUGCCUUGUAUUCUAUUAUUUUGUGCAUCUUUAGUAACCUUAAGUUGUCUAUUGUAAAUGAUGACUGUAUGACUUAGGGGAAUGUAUUGCUGUAUGUACUGCUAUGGGGGAAAACAGUUAUUUAUUUGUUUAUGGUACAUUUACUUAUUUUAUCCCUUUUAAAAUCUUAAUACAAUGUUUAUUGUUUAAAAUCAUAGUCCAUUUAAAAAUGCAGAGUAAACAGUUGUAUGGUACAAAAAUGUAACCACACUUUUACUUUAACAUUCUUGCAGGAAAUGGGACAUGUGCAAAAGAUGGCAAUUUAAUUUUGUUUGAUUUUAUUUGGAAAUACAUUAUCUAAAAAUGCAGAUGUACAGCAGUGUGUUGCCUGUUCCAAAGAUGCUUGGUAUGAUUAAUUUUGACAGUGCAGUUUGAAGAGUAAGGAUCUGAAUCUUAAGCUUCUAUGUUUUCACUGAAUUCAGUGUUUCAUUCCUCCAAAUAGAUUAUUGGCACUACCAAAGAUUGUGGUAUUGAUCAGCUACUUGAUCUUACACACAGUUGGAGAAUUGUAGGUAGUUUUAGUCACCACAGCCAAAUCCGUGCAAAGGAAAUUUCAAUUGAAUAGAGUUCAGCACAGAUGCAGGAAAAUUGAUUGCUUGGAAUGGAAAUAUAUUUAAUAUUCAUUUUGAACUCCAGCCAAUUAUGUGGCAACCCAACUUUAAAGUAUAUUUGUGGUUUAACCAUAGAACUUAAAAGUGUAGUUUUUUCACAUUUUUUUAAGCUAACCACCUUUAUAAGAAAAUGUGCAUCAUGUAAGAACUUGUUUCCCGAACUUAAAAAGUAAUGUCAUCAUCAUAUGGCAUUUUUAUAAAGUUCCAUAGCACUUCAUAUUUCCACAUUGUGAUGUUUGGGCAAUCUUCAUAUUAUACUGGCACAGUAUGUUUAUGAAAAUAUGUUUAUUUUCUUUAAUAUUUUAAAGAAUUGCACAUGCAUAUUUUAAUACUGAUUCUUAAGGAGAAUGGACUUUUCUACAUGUUUUUUUUAAUGUAUAUUCUUGGUAACAUUGGAGGCAUUGCCAUGAAAAGAUGACAAGUUGUGUACAAAGAAAACUUGUUUUACAACUUACAGUGAAAAACAUUAAAUUAUAUAUUUUAAGAUUUUGUUGCAGAAGGUAGGAAGUUUAAAUUACCUGAUUUCCUCAUAUUAUCUAUACUGGCGUAUAAUAGAAAGUUCAAACCAAAUAGGAAAUUAUUGUUGUAGUCCUACUGCAUUUAUCAUGUCCCACUUGGCAUGCUUAUAUUGGUAUAAUUUUGGGACAAAGAAUAAUAUACAUGACCAUUAUAGGACCUGAAAAAAUGACAAAAAUUUAAAGUCUUUGUAACACUUUCCUUUUCCUGAAGAAUUUAUUGUAGUACUAAGAGGCCCUACUGACUAUCUUUUUCCUAAUAUUAUUUGGCAAUUUUCUUCAAAAAAUACAGUAUAACACUGUAGCUAUGCUACUUUCCUUAAAUAAGAUUAAGCUUGACUUGAUUUAAAUUUCUUUAAUUGAUUUGGUUUAACAAGAUUUACAAGAUUCUUGCUGUACCAACAAAAACAAUUUUCAUUUAGAACCUAGAUAAGCAAUAAUUCAUGGUUCGGUAAUUUGUGAUGAUCUAUAAUAAAAUAUAUUAUGGAUUAUAUUAUACUAUCUUUAGAAAAAUACAUUUCUUUGCACAUUUGCAUAAAGAUUUAUGUACAUAUCAUCUCUUGGUACUUACUGAUAUUCAUUCAAGUUGUUAUCUUACAAACUUGAGUCAUAAAAGCAAAUUUAAUAUAACCUAAAAAGAAUUCUGAUACAGCAUGGACUAUUAGUUUCAAAAUGCUAGCUACUCCAUUAUUUCAUUGUUAACUAUGGUUAAUAUGCUGUGGUCUGAUAGAAAAGCAUUCCACAUUCAUUUCAAAACAACAGUUUUUCACUUUAAAAAUUGAAAAAUUCCAAAUUUAAUAAUAAAACUAGCAGGCUUGAGUUUUGUUUCCUAGCAGUUAUAAUAAUCACCAGCCUAAUAGUGGAUAUCAAACAAUGAUCAUUUUUGUUAGUGAGAAGUAAUGAAGUGUGGAAAGAAUUGUCUUCCUAUAUUGAAUUGACUGCUCUAAGGUACAUUUGCCCCUAAGAGCAAUUAAUAGUAUGAUUUGUACCAUAUUGUCAAUUUUAUCAGUGAAUAUUAUUUUAAAAUAACUUUGUUAAACAUUCUAUAAGAGUCAUGCAAGAGUAUUACAUACCAGCUUUUAAAUGGGCAUGUAUAUUUGUACACACAAAGAUCUCACAUGCUAUAAUACAAAUGUUCUUGAAGUACCAAUUUAGGAUUUCAGUUUCACAAGCUUUAAUAGUCUUAAAUAACUUUACAAAGGAACCAUCAAAGUCCCCUUAUCAAGGGUCUUGAGUUUUGCUUUCUGUAAAGAGAAUUGGCCCAGCGAGCUAAAGAUUGUCACCUCUGCUGACAUAAACUCUUCCCAUUGAUGUAUUACAUCUAAUGAAGUUUUAGGGCACAAUUGAAUCCACUUUGCAUUUCCACUUUGUGUCAAGAGGCACACAGAGAAGUUAUGCUUUGACCCCUCCCCGCAAUCUGCAAAACCCCCUCAGGUGAACAGUUCAGUUGUGGGAAUCCUGCAUAAAUGUAAGGAACCGACUGGAUCGGGAUUUUAUUCUACAUUUUCAUGUAUCUGUUAAUCUUGCACUUCAUAUAAUUGGAUCUAAGGAGUCAUCUGAUAAAAGGGCUGCUCAGUUUCUAUUGUAAAUAAUGUACAUAUGUUUAUAUUUUUAAAAAGAUGUACAUUUCAUAUAUGAUGGCCAAGUCUGAAUAUCAUUUCUAAUAUAAAUCACUGGUAUUGCAUUUUUAAGGUGUUAUCUGUACACAAUUUGUAUUUAAGUUACAAUUGGCUAUAGAAAAACAUUUUUGUUUUUGUUUUCAGCUCAGAGCUCUUUGAAGAGAACACUUUAAUUUCAGAAAGAUGAAAGAUAAAAUCUAACGUUAUUGUAAACUUUUGAAAGUGCUGAUGUUGGUUUAUUAGUGGUUUUUGUUGUGCAAGGGCAACUAAGUUAUUGAAUUUGCCUGUUAUGUAUGUUUCAGAACAGUUCCCACUAGAAGAAAAGUCUAAUUUCUGGAGGGAUAUAAUGGGAUUCAACUCUAUAGAUUUUUAAAAAUCUAAAAGGAAUAGGGUGGAAUGAAGGCACUAAUGGCAUUAUUUGUGGAAUUACCAGAACCAAGCCUCAAGUCUGUUCUAAAAUGUAUAAUUUUAGGAAAUAUUUCUGUUAAA